GGUGCAUGGCCUGAUGGAGCACCGUGCAUACAUUCAGCAUUUGAAUCAAUGAAUCCGCUGGAAGCAGUUGAACAUCAAGGUGGACUUCAGUUGACAAAUCCGCCGUACACAAUCGCGGUAGCGCAAAAAUGUUAUUGGAGAAGUCAACCGAUUGAAUUAACGCUAAAAGGCAAUUCAUCAACUGAUAAAUUCCGGGGAUUUGCUAUCCAGCCAAUUGUCUAUCGUGGACCACAUCAAGGCAAAAGGAUGGGACAGUUUUUACGUCUGGACGACAAUGGAUCAUGGCAGCAACAAUGCUUUCGGUUUAAGGAUUCAGUGACGCAUUCACAUGAUGAACGAAAGAAACAUAUCAAGUUGUGGUGGAAGAAUGACUAUAACGACGAAGAUACCAUACAAUUUGUUGCCACAGUGGUUAAGGCUCAACGAGAAUUCUGGGUGAAGUCGGUACUAUCAGUACCGAUUCCACCAUGUCAAGUCUCACCGAACGGCAUCACCAAUUAUGUUGCACCGCCAGUGACUCCUCCACCGCCGGUGCGUCCUUUCCCAGACACCAAUAAUUUUGACUCCUAG